GUCACUUCCGGGUUGAUCUUUCCUUAAAGUCUCGUGACGGUUUUUAUUUACGUCCAGUUUGGCCGCUCGAGGAAGAAUGCCUAAAACUGCAUCUGUGAUCGUUAAAUUUGGCUAAACACGGCCAUGAGUGAAAAUGAAGAGGACCUUUCUUUCGUAACUGGCUGCGGUUAAAGCCCAAAGACGAACUAUGUGGCGAGUACAAGGAUUGGUUGGACGAGUUUUACACCGUUAUCACGCCAAUGGCCCCCUGCGUCUCCCCCAGAACCAUCAUGUGGAGGAUGAAGUUAUCAACACCACGUCUCUCCUCUCCAACUCCCGUCACUCCUCGGACUGCAGCUCCCAGAGAGAAGAGACUGAAGAGAGGAGGAGGAAGCAGAGGACUUCAAACUUCACAUUUACAGAUCUCCCACGAUACACGGCACUGGAUGCAGUGGGAUGGGGGGCAGCAGCAGUCUUGUUCAUGCAAGUGUGCAGGAGGAUCCAUUCUCAGUUCUCCUCUGGGUCUGAACCCCGUCCCGCCACAGGAGGCCGCAAUGAGCCCUCCAGUCUGCGCAAAUGUGGCUACCGCAUCCUGCUGGAAAUUUUGUCGAGGCGUGAUGUCUUGCCCAAAGGAAGAAAUGUUUGGUGUUUGGAGGGGGUUCCAGAAAAACGGACUCAAGAUCAGAGCAGCACCAGCAUCAGCAGCAGUGAAGCCAGCCAGCUCAGUGAAAUUCAAGAAGACCAGUUAUCUUCUGGAAGUCCUUUUCCCGACCACCAGAGGGCCUUCUUAGACUAUGAUCCAUCUUCAUUCGAGGAUUCAUUGCUUUCUUCUUCUCUGGAAAGUUUAUCUAAACCCCAAAAGACCGAAACUGUAGAUAUCAGUGGCCAAAAUGUUUUAUCAAAAGAUGAAAAGCUAGAGGAAGCAGCUCAAAACCUCAGACAUGUGGGAGACAACAGUGUUCCCGUUAUACUCAACAUAAUUGGUUUACAAAACGCUGUGCACAGUGACAAUUAUGAGGAGGCAUUUUACUGCUUUUUGGCCGCAGCCCAACUUGGUUACACUAAAGCCCAGUUUAACACCGGUGUUUGUUAUGAAAAAGGUCGAGGAGUCAACCAGGACAUGGAGCAAGCAAAGCAUUAUUAUGGACAAGCAGCAGCAAAAGGCCAUGCCCAGGCUCAGUACCGAUAUGCUAAGUUACUUUUGACCAGUAGGGGGCAGCUCAGUGAGGACAAACUGAAGACUGCAACAGAUCUUCUGGAGGAGGCUUCUGCUGCUGGACUAACCAAGGCUCAGGUCUGUCUCGCCUCGGUUUAUUCUCGAAAGCCUCAAAAGGAUGGGAACAAGUCUGUGCAGUACCUGAAGAUGGCAGCAGAGAGUGGUGACAACACUGCCCUGUUCUUUCUGGGUCAGUGCUAUGAAAAAGGCCUUGGGGUCCCACAGAGUCUAAGUAAAGCAUUUGAUUACUACAGACAAGCUGCGAAAGCGGGCAACAAGCAGGCAAAGGGCUUUCUGGAGUCGCACAGUAACAAAGACACGAACACUCAAGAUGUCGUCUUGCGCUCUAUUCAUUCAGUUCCCCGUUUUCAACGUCCACUUUCAUCUUUGGGCAUUACUACCACCCUCUCCUCCAGUCGUACCCCCCUCCCCUCUACCCUCAUACCCCACUCCUGGAGCACUGGCAGCCUGUGUGUCCCUCCUGCUUUGCCCUCUCUGCCUUUUCACCUCCAUCCACAGAGUAACACGGGAAACACCUGUAAAUGGACCCUGGGCAUUGGAUAGUCAGCAGACGCACAGGUCAAGCAGGUCAAAGAAUGUAUUUGGUUGGGUGAGUGCUUAUGUAUGAUAGAGGAACAAUGUGAUAGAUAUUAUUGAUGAUUGUGUUGUUUUGUACUGGUUAUGUUUGAACAAAAAAUACUGUGUUAUAUAAAAGUAAAAGUUUAAAAGUUUCUCAUUUUUAAUACAGUUUUGUUGUAUGUAUAAUGAUGCCUAAAACCUGUGCACUGCACAAAGCUAUUUUGCUGGAGCCAAAUCAUACCCUAAAAAGUGCAUUAUGAUGGACAAGUGGGUCUGUGUAUACACAAAUUAAUUGUGAUGUUAAACGCACAAAUAAAACUUUUACAUUUGCCUUGA